ACUUACAGCACCAUGACUGAGGAAUUCCAAGGAGCAAACUUUACACACACAAAAUUUAUUUUUGUUGGAUUCCCAGAGAUGUUUAGAUACAGACACUUGCUUUUCCUGCUACUUGUGCUUACUUACAUUUUAGUUCUUGUUGGAAAUUUUUUAUUACUUAUUGUAAUUAAAAACACAAGGAUACUUCACAGUCCGAUGUACAUUCUUGUGUCUGCCUUAGCAGUGGUUGACAUUAUUGUCCCCACUGCCAUUGUCCCAGCAGUUCUUCUAAGCUUUCUCUUUAACUUAAAUGAAAUAACUUUGGUUGGGUGUUUAACACAAAUGUUUAUCAUUCACUUUUUUUCCUCGGUGGAGUCUACUAUUCUUUUAGCAAUGGCCCUGGAUCGUUUUGUAGCAAUCUGUAAUCCACUUCGCUACACAGCAAUUAUGAACUCCUCUAUGUUUGUGAAACUAUUGCUUUUUACAUUGAUCAGAAGUGGAACAAUAAUGUGCACUUUGGUUGGUUUGGCAGCUUCUUUAUCUUUCUGUGGGUCAAAUAUAAUUCAUCAUUGCUAUUGUGACCACAUGGCUCUUGUUAGCCUGGCCUGUAGUUCUAUUGCAAAAAAUGCUGCAGUUGGGAUUGCUGUGAUUAUUUGUUUUGUUGGAAUUGAUAUAUCUGUCAUUUUUGUCUCUUAUAUGAAAAUCUUAUAUGUAGUGCUAAGGGCUGCAGCAAGCGAGCAAAGGUCAAAAGCAAUUCAUACAUGCAGUACACACUUAAUUGUCAUGAUGUGUUUUUAUUUGAUAGGAAGUGUCACUUUUCUCUCACGAAAUCUUCAUAUCUCAAUUCCAGUUGAUGUCAAUACCUUUCUCGGUGUCACAUAUAUACUUUUUCCUGCCUGCACCAAUCCAAUUAUUUAUGGUGUCCGAACAAAAGAGAUAAGGAAUGCACUGUUAAAAAAUUUCAAAAUACAUGUUAAUAGAAUUUUCACUGUAAAAGUUUCAACUGUCCAGUUCUGA